AUGACAAUUAGUCAUAACGGAAAAGCAAUUUUUGAAUUCACGAUUCAAAAUGAGAUAGAUGUUGAUGAUCCUGUAUUCUCACCACCUUUUGCAACAUCAAAUGAUACAUUUUGGCAAUUAAAAUUUUAUAAGACAGAUCCUGAUAAUCGUGGAAGUUGCGUGUUAUAUUUGAUCGCGAUUCCAAAUAACGAGGAAGCAUUGACGACGAAAGUUUGGGAGACGCGUAAAAAAUUAUCGGUCGUGCUAUACAUUAAAUGCAAAGAAUAUGAAAGGUAUAAUCCUAUCAAGACGGAUAAAUAUACUGUGAGGUCUUAUUCUUGGGGUAUCAACUUUCCUUUGCAUGACUGUCAAAAAGUUAACGUUGGCAUCAUUUUCUCGGAUGUUACAAUCGAAAAAAGUCAAUUCAAUUCGGAAACUAUUUCCAAUCAAGCUUCAAAGGAUUUAAUGACAAUGUGGAUAGAUGAAUCCAACAAUUCCGAGAACGCAGACAUUCAAUUAAAUUUUAAGGAUGGGAUCAUUCAUACUUAUCAAUCGAUCCUCAGUAAACGUUCAGAAUAUUUUCACAAAUUAUUACAAGAAAAGAAUGACAAGAAGAGGAAGUUAGAUACAAAUAACGAUUAUAUCAACAUCGAUAUUCAAGAAUUUACUCGUCAAAACUUCCUUGAGGUGAUUCGAUACAUGUAUACUGAUAGGAUCGAAUUUAAUAAUAUCGAUAUCAUCCCAAUGGAAAUCUUUAAAAUAGCCGAUUAUUAUCUUAUAUCGGAUUUAAGGCAAAAGGCAAGAGUAGAAAUUUACAAAAGGUUGCAUUUUGAUAACGUGGUUAAGGUUUUAUUCAGUGAAGGUUAUAAAUGGAAGGACUUAAAAGAUGACAUGAUCAAUUAUAUCGUUUAUAAUUUUGAUAAAAUCAAAGAUACCCCCGAAUAUCAAUCACUUGCCAUAGAUAAUAGAGAUCAUCCGGCUGUUAUCAUACUCAUGCAGGAGAUUAUCUCCACCUUAUUUUAUAAAAAAUCCUUAUAG